CUUGAUUCAGAUUUUCGAGCGGUGAGCGGAUCGAGAGCAGCGCCAGCGCCGUCUUUAACCCUAAACAUCCACAGCUUUUCCUCCAGAGAUACUCCGGGAGAAACAUGGAGAGGAAAAGGUGGGAGUGCUCGGCUCUCCCAAAUGGUUGGAAAAGGGAAGAAGUGACCAGAAAGUCGGGCUUGUCCGCGGGGAAAAGUGAUGUCUAUUAUUUUAGUCCAACAGGGAAGAAGUUUCGGAGUAAACCACAGCUGGCCCGGUAUCUGGGGAACUCCAUGGAUCUCAGCUCCUUUGAUUUCCGCACGGGGAAGAUGAUUAUGAGCAAGCUGAAUAAGAACAGACAGCGGCUUCGGCACGAUCCCAGUCAGAGCAAGGGUAAACCGGAUCUGAACACGUCACUGCCGGUCCGACAGACAGCGUCUAUCUUCAAACAGCCUGUCACUAAGGUCACAAAUCAUCCUAGCAACAAGGUUAAGACGGACACUCAGAAAGCUGUCGAGCAGCCCAGACAGCUGUUCUGGGAGAAGAAGCUGAGUGGACUCAACACGUAUGAUAUCGCCGAGGAGCUGGUGAAGACCAUGGAUCUUCCUAAAGGAGUGCAAGGUGUGGGUCCGGGCUACACAGAUAAGACGCUGCUCUCGGCUCUAGCGAGCGCCCUGCACACCAGCUCGGCUCCCAUCACCGGUCAGCUGUCCUCCGCGGUGGAGAAGAACCCCGGGGUCUGGCUCAACACCACACAGCCUCUGUGCAAAGCCUUCAUGGUGACGGAUGAAGACAUCAGGAAGCAGGAGGAUCUGGUGUACAGCGUGAGGAAGAGACUGGAGGAAGCGCUCAUGGCAGACAUGCUCGCACACAUCGAGGAAGUCUCCACUGAGGCCAGAUCUCUGAAGGAAGAGUCCAGCGACGAGGAAACCCAGUCCGUUUAGCUGAAUGAGAUCGAUCUAGACCACGGUUUUCUUCCUCUUCAAACCCAAAGACUUGAGCUGAUCUCUAUGCAGAAACUCUCCUGCUGUGAAUCCUUGUUUUACUCUAACAUUUUAUACAACUAAACUCACUGUUUUGCUGGC